AUGGAACCUAAUGAUUCUAUGUCGGUUCACACUGUGAUUGAAUCGCAUGAUGCAAUUUUUGAUGAAAUGAGAUUUUCAUCAAUUGUUAGGCAUAAGGAUCUGAUUCCUAGUACUAGUAAAGUGCCAAAUUCAGAAAAAUCGGAUGAUGUUGUUGAUCUGGAAAAGAAAUUUGAUGCUACUGAUUCGGGUGUCAUCAUAUGUUUGUAUGUGGAUGACAUGUUGAUCUUUGGUACAAACCACAAUCAAGUAAAUGAUACAAAUAGAUUGUUGUCAUCUAAGUUUUCCAUGAAGGACAUGAAGGUGGCUGAUGUAAUCCUUACGAUAAGGAUUAAACAUAUGAACAAAGGGAUUGUCAUGACACAAUCAUAUUAUAUUGAGAAAAUUCUCAAUAAGUUAAACUUUGGUGAUUGUUCUGCGGUGGGUACCCCUAUAGAUGCUAGUGUGAAAUUGUUGCCUACUACUGGCAAGCCCAUUCCACAAUUGGAAUACUCUAAGGCAAUUGGGAGCUUGAUGUAUGUUAUGAAAAAGACAAGGCUUGAUAUUACCUAUGACAUGGGAAGAUUGAUUAGAUAUACUAGUAAUCCCUAUACUCAAGAUUGGAAUUCAAUUCAAAGAGUAUCCAAGUAUCUCAAAGGAAGUGUGGAUUAUGGUUUGAAUUACUUGGGAUAUCACGCAUUCUUAGAAGGGUGUUGA